UGUGGCAUUUGCAAAAAGAUUUGGCACCAUUCAGAUGGUGGGGAUUGGUCAGGUAUGUGUGAUGGUUGUAAUGUUUGGGUGCAUGCUGAGUGUGACAAAAUUUCCAGCAAACUUUUCAAGGAUCUGGAAAAAACAGACUACUAUUGCCCAGAUUGCAAGGGAAAAUUCAAUUGCAAAUUAUCAGCAUCACAAACAUACAAGUCAAAAAUCAAGUAUGCAUCUGUAAUUAUUUUCUAUUGCUUCCUUUUCCUAGGGACUUAUAUUCCAAAGCUUCAUUUAGUUAUGUGCAAGUGUGGCUCGUGUGGUUCAAGGAAGCAGACCCCGAUUGAAUGGGAAGGGCAUGCAGGUUGCAGAGCCAAAAAAUGGAAAUAUAGUGUGAAAGUGGAAAGCACAAUGCAACCGCUGAUAAAAUGGAUCACGAAGCACAAAUCUCAACCUGGUAUUCCUCUACGGUUAGAUCAGCAAAAGGUGCUCUCCUUUUUGCAAGAGAAGUAUGAGCCUGUUUAUGCAAGAUGGACAACAGAAAGAUGUGCCAUUUGCAGAUGGGUUGAAGACUGGGAAGAUAACAAAAUAAUUAUCUGUAACAGGUGCCAAAUUGCAGUUCACCAAGAAUGCUAUGGGGCAAAGAAUGUUCAGUUUACUUCCUGGGUUUGCAGAGUCUGUGAAACUCCUGAUGUUGAGGGGAGGGAGUGUUGCCUCUGUCCAGUAAAAGGUGGUGCUUUGAAGCCAACUGAUGUCGAGAUGUUGUGGGUUCAUGUAACAUGCGCUUGGUUUCGGCCUGAAGUUCUUUUCCAAAACCAUGAGGCAAUGGAACCCGCCACUGGAAUCCUUAAGAUUCCAUCUAAUUCCUUUUUGAAGACUUGCGUGAUCUGUAAACAAAGCCAUGGUUCCUGUACAAGUUGUUGCAAGUGUGCUACACAUUUUCAUGUGAUGUGCGCAUCAAGAAUGGGAUAUAGCAUGGAAUUGCAUUCCACGGAGAAGAAAGGAAAUCAUAUAACAAAGAAGCUAAUAUAUUGUGCAGUUCACAGGGUCCCAAACCCAGAUUCAGGACUAGUUGUACAUACCCCCCUUGGGGUUUUCUCUCCAAGAACUUCGCUUCCAAAAAACAAGGGGUGCUUCAGGGUAUCAAGGCUGGUUUCAUCAAAGAAUAUAGAACUCCUUGAGUCUUCAACCUUUGAAGGUUCUGAGGUUGAGCCACUGUCUGCUGCCAGAUGUCGUCUGUACAGAAGGUCUCCCAAUAAGAAGGAUAAUGUGCCAAUAAUUCACUUGCUUGGGGGACCAAACCUUCAUUCUUUAAGUGCAAUAGCUCAACUGAACAGCAAUAAGGAUGAUGAAGUAUUUUCUUCUUUGAAGGAACAUCUUCGCCAUUUACAGAAGACGGAAAACCAUAGAGUUUGCUUUGGAAAAUCAGGUAUUCAUGGAUGGGGCCUCUUUGCACGAAGAGAAUUACAAGAAGGAGAAAUGGUUGUUGAAUAUCGUGGUGAGAAGGUAAGGCGUAGUGUUGCUGAUAUGAGGGAAGCAAGGUACCGUUCAGAAGGCAAAGAUUGUUAUCUAUUCAAGAUUAGCGAGGAAGUGGUAAUUGAUGCAACGGAUAAGGGCAAUAUUGCACGUUUAAUAAACCAUUCUUGCACGCCAAACUGCUUUGCAAGGAUUAUGUGUUUGGGUGAUCAGGAGAGCCGGAUUGUUCUUAUUGCCAAGACCAAUGUUUCUGUUGGUGUAGAACUAACGUAUGACUACUUGUUCGAUCCAGACGAACGAGAUGAACUCAAGGUUCCUUGCCUCUGUAAAGCCCCCAAUUGUAGGGAAUUUAUGAACUAGGUUUCACAUUGUUUCCGCCCGUGGAGCAAUUGCAGUUACCAAACCUUUAAUUUUUCUUUUCUUUUGAAAAAUAUUGUUUUCAAUAAGUUCAAUUAAUUUGUAUAUCAUUUUGUUAUAUAAUGAA